GACAAAAUAGGCCGUACGGGUUUGAAAAACGUGAGUGAAAAAUCAGCCCCGUAACAGUUGGUAUCAGAGCCUAGUUGUUCCUGAUUCUCGAAGAUGGAGACCCCGAAGCGCAAUGAUCCUGAACAGUCGGAUGUACAGGAUGAUGAUAAGGAUAAUGCUGCUGACUUUAUUCGGCAUCUAAUUGGUGAAGAAUUAGUUGGAGUGAAUAAAAGGCUUCAUAGCCUUGGCAAGGCCAUGGAAGCGUGUCAGGCAGAGAACAAUUCCCUUAAGACGGAACUGUUGAUUUUGAAGCAGGCCGUGUCAGCAACGGCAAGGACAAAUAUGGAUGUCGCUCCUUCAAAGAUCAAAGUCCCGGAGCCUAAGCACUUUGAUGGGGCCAGGAAUGCUAAGGAAUUGGAGAAUUUCUUGUGGGACAUGGAAGAAUAUUUCAAGGCUGCCAAGAUCCCGGAAGGGGAGAAGGUUUCGAUUGCCCCGAUGUACUUGACGGGGGAUGCGAAACUUGUUGGAGUUGUGCCCUGAUGGCCAACUGUUCAUCGUUAUCCUAUCAUGUAUAGGCAGAUAUAAUAUGUUUACACAUCUCAUACUAAUGAAAUUUCCUAACUUGUCAUUAAGUGUAUAAUUGUUUUAAAUCCUCUUUAACACUCCAUAUAAUGAGACAACACUUUUAAUUGAGGUGUGAGAAGAAACUUUCGGCCAUUACAUUUUAAAGAGAGAAAGUUUAUCUUUUGUGUUCUAUUAAUAUCAUUUUGUGUAUAGAAAAUAUCUAUAAUAUUUUCUAAAUAUUAUUAGAAAUAUUUUCUAUAGAAAUAUACAAGAUUAUUAUUAUCCCAAUUUUAAUCUUUAUAUUUUAUACUACUAUAGUCUUUACUAGCAUAAAGAUUAUGGUAGACUCCGGCGUUGUUCGUGUGUCAAAGUUGGAGACCGGACGCUUGAACGGUUACGUUUGCACUUUCAACGCUCUUCCUACGACUUCUUCGUUUUUACCGCUUACGGAGAAAGGUAUAAAUUUCUUACUCACUAUAGGUUUUAGUACGUGAUUCUGGGCAAGAUAAUCAUGUUAGGAUGUUAAAAUUUUUUAUAUUCCGCUGCCUAUCCUUGCAUGGUUACCUUUCAGUGGUAUCAGAGCCAACGUACAAAACUAUAGUUUUACGUUUGACUUUUAAAAUUUUAAAAGUCAAAGUUUUAACUUGGUAAUUAUGAAAAUUCAAAAAUUGGUAAAAUGAUUUUAUUUAGUCUUGGAAUAAUUAUUGGACUUAAAU